AACUGUAAUGAACUGUCAUCCCUAAAAACGAGGCGAAUACAAAUCUGUUUUCGGUGGCAAAACUUACAUACUUUCUCGUAUUUCUGUAAAUAUUAGUCGAUAAUAAACAGUAACAUUAAGUGUUGACGUGGUACUCCGUCUUACCAAACUGAGAAGUGCGCGAAAACAUUGACUUUCGAGCAGAAGACAAAGAUUUGACUGCUUGUGUUUUUUUCACGGAACAGCGGCCAUUUUGGGCGAACUCAACGUCAGCACAGCGAGCACCCCCUUUGUACAUACAUAUAUAUAUUCAAUUUUGCUACAACAACUGCCGUUCUUUCGGACCAGACCACGCCGAAAGCUUUUGCGACACCAAAACCAAGCUUUUGCAGGUAAACGUAAACAAAACCAAAAUAAUGGCCGAUGAGGAUAUCACGCUGAAUGAGGAUCAGCUUCUGGAGUCGUUGGAAGAGACGAAUGGCGAGCAGGAGGCUGAGAUAACCACAGAGACCGAGGAGGAGGGCAGCAUGCAAAUCGACCCCGAACUGGAGGCCAUCAAGGCGCGAGUCAAGGAGAUGGAGGAGGAAGCCGAGAAGAUAAAACAAAUGCAGUCGGAAGUGGAUAAACAAAUGGCCGGUGGUUCUACCACCGGCUUAGCGACCGUGCCCCUUUCUCUCGAAGAGAAGCAGGAAAUCGACACGCGGUCUGUCUAUGUAGGCAAUGUGGACUAUGGCGCUUCGGCUGAGGAACUUGAGGCCCACUUCCAUGGAUGUGGCACUAUUAACCGCGUCACCAUACUGUGCAACAAGGCUGACGGCCAUCCCAAGGGAUUCGCCUACAUCGAGUUCGGAUCGAAAGAGUUCGUAGAAACGGCACUGGCCAUGAACGAAACCCUCUUUCGAGGGCGUCAAAUCAAGGUAAUGUCAAAGCGCACAAACCGCCCUGGCCUCUCCACCACAAACCGCUUUGCCCGCGGCAGCUUCCGGGGUCGAGGAGCCCGCGUCUCCCGGGCGUGCUGUCACUCCACCUUCAGAGGCGCUCGACGCGCUAUAAGGGGUUACCGUGGCCGCGCCAAUUACUACGCUCCAUACUGAUUAUUGUUUUAUUAAAACCCUAGUAAGAUUUUUUUACAAUAUUAUUUCAAAAAACAUUAUUUCAUUGCCAAACUUCUUUGCUAAAUAAAAACAAAAAAGAGAAAACAAUCACAAGAGAGAACGCCAGAAAAAAUAUCGUUUCAAUAAAAAAAAAAGAAUCAACAGAAAGAAAACAGGCGAAAAGACGAGACCUCGAAAAUAAUAAUAAUAAAAAAAUCAACAUGGAAAAACGAAUAUCUUGGCUAUAAUGUUUUUUGAAGCACCCAACACCAAACACCCCUUUUUCACACAUUUUAAUUUUCAAAUAAUAAAAAAAAUAUAUAAAAAGAAUAUGAAAAACAAGAAGUUGAUUUAGAAAAACAAAAAAAUAUAUAUCAUUAAAUAUAUAUAUAAAAGAAACGCAAAAGAAAACCACAAACUAUAAUAAAAGAAGUUAAAAGAUGGCAAAAUCAAGUAAAAGAAGGAAGAAAAUAAAAAAAAAUCAAAAAGAACACAAGACUCUUGGGAAAAGAAGUAAAUCAACAAAAUAGAAAAAAAAGAAAGUGCGUAAUUUAUAUAUUCUAAAAAAUAUAUAGAGUAAAGAAAAGAAGUUGAAUUUUACUGAACUGAAAAAGAAGAUGACAAAUAUAAUCGAAUUAAACAAGCUA